AAUCAUUUUAUAAAUAUAUUAUGUAAACAUAUAGUUUAUCCUAUAUUUACACAUUUUAAUUAAUUUAAUGUUUUUAUGCUUUCAGCCUAACAAAUGAUCUGCACUGUCAAACACUUGGUACAAAGUAGUAGGCAUUUCCGCUCUUCAGCAAUAUUGUUGGAGGACAGAAUAGUUACGGUCCCACCUUUCGCUGAAUCGGUCUCGGAGGGAGAUGUGAGGUGGAAUAAGGCUGUUGGAGACUCGGUUGGAGUCGAUGAAGUUGUCUGUGAAAUCGAAACUGAUAAGACAUCAGUGCCAGUGCCGUCACCAGGUGCUGGAGUCAUAGAGGAGCUGUAUGUGGAGGAUGGCACAAGUGUCAAGGCCGGGCAGAAGCUGUUCAAGCUUAAGCUAGGACCAGGAGGAGCUAAGCCAGAAGCCAAGCCAGCUGCUGCUGCUGCUCCUGCUCCUGAAGCUGCUGCUCCACCACCACCUCCUCCUCCCCCCACCCCAACCAUCACUCCUGCUGCUGCUGCCCCUCCUCCACCCCCGCCAAAGGCCACCCCACCACCCCCUGCUGCACCCAUGGCUUCCAUUCCAGUGGCAGCUAUUCGCCAUGCUCAGGCCAUAGAGGCUGCUACUGUCAAACUGCCCCCUGCUGACCCCACAAGUGAGAUAUCUGGCACUCGGACAGAACAGAGGGUCAAGAUGAACCGUAUGCGGCUGCGAAUUGCACAACGACUCAAGGAGGCACAGAACACGAAUGCGAUGCUCACUACUUUUAAUGAGCUGGAUAUGAGUGCAAUAAUGGAGUUCCGAAAGACACACCAAGAAGCUUUCCAGAAGAAGCACGGACUGAAACUUGGGUUCAUGUCUGCAUUCCUGAAGGCCUCAGCCUAUGCUCUGCAGGAUCAGCCGAUUGUCAAUGCUGUUAUUGAUGGCAAUGAAAUAGUCUACAGAGACUAUGUAGAUAUCUCAGUGGCAGUGGCUACUCCUAAGGGGCUGCUGGUACCUGUCCUGCGCAAUGUAGAGAGCAUGUCUUAUGCCGACAUUGAGAAGGGCAUCAAUGCUCUAGGUGAGAAAGCACGCAAAGGUCAGUUAGCAGUAGAGGACAUGGAUGGUGGCACAUUCACUGUCAGCAAUGGAGGCGUAUUUGGCUCGCUCAUGGGUACUCCGAUCAUCAAUCCCCCGCAGUCGGCUAUACUCGGUAUGCACGCCACAUUCGAGCGACGCGGACCGGUCGCCAUCAAGGGGCAGGUGGUGAUCAGGCCCAUGAUGUACAUCGCUCUGACCUAUGAUCACCGGCUGAUUGAUGGUCGUGAGGCUGUGCUGUUCUUGCGCAAGAUCAAGGCUGCUGUAGAGGAUCCCAGGAUAAUCAUCGCAGGAUUGUAAAACUUAGUGAACCGUAGUGACUGAGUUGCGCGGUUUCUGCGAUAAGUCUAGUUCGUUUCUGAUGACUACACAUGAGGAAAGAACAAAGCACUAAAGCCAGACCAUCAAUAAUUAAUCAAAUGCAGAAAUUGUCCUGUAACAUGUCAACCCUGCUAAGGCAAAAUCCAAAUGUCUCUAAAGACGGUAUUGAUCUGUUAUUUAUAAAUUAAAAAUACUAUCGGAUACUUUUAACAAUCGUCGUCAAACCUAAAUGUUAAUUGCGAAAUGUGUUCAACUAAUUGGUGUUUGGUUUGGUUGGUCGCAAACCCACUCAUUUCAACUGCACUGUCUCAAGUAUUAUCGUAGUAUAAAUUAGAUUAUUUGUUAAUGUUCUACUAAUGUUUUAUAAAUUUUAAAUAUACACUAUAGUUAUAAAUCUGUUUAUUAUCGAAAGAAUUGUAUUAUUUGAUAAUUGUUUUAAUAAAAUAUAUCAAUCUAAGGGAGUUUCUUUCAGAUUGUGACCAAAACUCAGUUUUAUUGAAUGAUUUUGCGCCAAAGCAACACCAUUAGUAGUGAAUAUUUUUGUUGUUACUUAAUUUUAUUCUCUAUUUUUUAUGUCGUUCAAAGUUAUUGUGAACCUUAUUAACUUAUUAUUUAAGUUGUAUAUUAUUAAAUUAUUUGUAGAUACUCA